AUGGCGAGCGAUACCACAUACCUCCGCGAGGAGGCCAUUGAUGAUUCGGACGUCGUGGAUGAAAGCUUCCACGCCGGUUCCGUUCAUCACCGUCUCCGUGCCAAUUCCACUAUUAUGCACUUCCAAAAGAUUUUGGUAGCUAACCGAGGCGAAAUUCCUAUUCGUAUCUUCCGUACCGCACACGAACUUUCUCUUCAGACCGUCGCUGUCUACUCAUGGGAGGACCGUCUCUCAAUGCACCGUCAGAAAGCUGACGAGGCCUACAUCAUUGGCACGCGAGGCCAGUACACCCCCGUUGGUGCUUACCUUGCUGGCGAUGAGAUCAUCAAGAUUGCUCUCGAGCACGGUGUUCAGUUGAUCCACCCUGGUUACGGUUUCCUGUCUGAGAACGCCGAAUUCGCGCGAAAUGUUGAGAAGGCCGGCCUUGUCUUCGUUGGGCCUACCCCCGAAACCAUCGAUGCCCUCGGUGACAAGGUCUCUGCUCGUAAGCUUGCCAUCAAGUGCAACGUUCCCGUUGUGCCUGGUACCCCAGGCCCUGUCGAGAAGUUUGAAGAUGCCAAAGCUUUUACCGACGAAUACGGCUUCCCUAUCAUCAUUAAGGCUGCCUUUGGAGGUGGUGGUCGUGGUAUGCGUGUCGUCCGUGAGCAGGAAUCACUAAAGGAUGCAUUCGAUCGUGCCACAUCUGAGGCCCGCUCUGCCUUUGGCAACGGUACCGUCUUCAUUGAGCGUUUCCUCGACAAGCCUAAACACAUCGAAGUCCAAUUGCUUGGAGACAACCAAGGAAACGUUGUUCACCUGUACGAGCGUGACUGCUCUGUUCAACGUCGUCACCAGAAGGUCGUUGAGUUGGCACCUGCUAAGGAUUUACCUGUGGAGGUGCGCGAUAAGAUUCUCGCCGAUGCUGUCACACUUGCGAAGUCUGUCAACUAUCGCAAUGCCGGUACAGCAGAGUUCUUGGUUGACCAACAGAACCGCUACUACUUCAUUGAAAUCAAUCCUCGUAUCCAAGUCGAGCACACAAUCACCGAAGAAAUUACUGGCAUCGAUAUUGUUGCUGCCCAAAUUCAGAUUGCCGCUGGUGCUACACUUGAGCAACUUGGUUUGACCCAAGACCGUAUCUCUACUCGCGGUUUCGCCAUUCAAUGUCGUAUCACCACUGAGGACCCCUCCAAGGCAUUCUCUCCUGACAUUGGAAAGAUCGAGGUUUACCGAUCUGCUGGUGGUAACGGUGUCCGUCUCGACGGUGGUAACGGUUUCGCUGGAGCUAUCAUUACGCCUCACUACGACUCCAUGUUGGUCAAGUGUACUUGCCUGGGUUCGACUUACGAAAUUGCUCGUCGUAAGAUGAUUCGAGCUCUCAUCGAGUUCCGUAUCCGCGGUGUGAAGACCAACAUUCCUUUCUUGACCUCACUUCUUUCUCACCCUACCUUCAUCGAUGGCACUUGCUGGACAACUUUCAUCGACGAUACCCCUGAACUCUUUUCCCUUAUUGGUGGCCAGAACCGUGCCCAGAAGCUGUUGGCAUAUCUCGGUGACGUUGCUGUCAACGGAAGCAGCAUCAAGGGACAGAUUGGUGAACCCAAACUCAAGGGUGACAUCAUCAAGCCGGUCUUGGUUGACGAUGCUGGCAAGCCUCUCGAUAUCUCCUCACCUGCCACUUAUGGCUGGAAGCAGAUCUUGGACCAGCAAGGCCCAGCCGCUUUCGCCAAAGCUAUCCGCGCCAACAAGGGUUGUCUCAUUAUGGACACCACUUGGCGAGAUGCUCAUCAGUCUUUGCUCGCUACCCGAGUGCGUACUGUUGAUUUCUUGAACAUUGCUCGUGAGACCAGCUAUGCUCUCAGCAAUGCCUAUAGUUUGGAGUGCUGGGGCGGUGCCACUUUCGACGUCGCCAUGCGCUUCCUCUACGAAGACCCUUGGGACCGUCUGCGCAAGUUGCGCAAGGCUGUUCCUAACAUUCCUUUCCAGAUGCUCCUACGUGGUGCCAAUGGUGUCGCCUAUUCUUCUCUCCCCGACAAUGCCAUUUACCACUUCUGUAAACACGCCAAGAAGAACGGUGUCGAUAUUUUCCGUGUCUUUGACGCUUUGAACGACAUUGACCAACUCGAGGUUGGUAUCAAGGCCGUCCAGGCUGCCGGUGGUGUUGUUGAGGCUACUGUCUGUUACUCUGGAGAUAUGCUCAACCCCCACAAGAAGUACAACCUCGAGUACUACCUUAACUUGGUCGACAAGAUCGUGGCUUUGGGAACUCAUGUCUUGGGUAUCAAGGAUAUGGCCGGUGUCCUCAAGCCUCAGGCUGCUACUCUCCUGAUUGGCUCCAUCCGCAAGAAGUACCCUGACCUUCCUAUUCAUGUUCACACUCACGACUCUGCCGGAACUGGUGUUACAUCCAUGGUUGCCUGCGCCCAGGCUGGUGCUGAUGCCGUUGACGCAGCUACUGACAGCAUGUCUGGUAUGACUUCCCAGCCCAGCAUUGGUGCUAUUUUAGCAUCGCUAGAAGGAACUGAAUGGGACCCCAAGCUCAACAUCCGCCAUGUCCGUGCUAUCGAUGGAUACUGGCAACAGUUGCGUCUUCUUUACUCUCCAUUCGAGGCUGGCUUGACUGGUCCUGACCCAGAGGUCUACGAACACGAAAUCCCCGGUGGUCAGCUCACCAACCUUCUCUUCCAGGCCACUCAGCUCGGUCUCGGAACACAGUGGGCAGAAACUAAGAAAGCUUACGAGGCUGCCAACGACCUUCUCGGAGACAUCGUCAAGGUCACCCCUACCUCCAAGGUGGUUGGUGACUUGGCUCAAUUCAUGGUGUCCAACAAGCUCUCUGCCCAGGAUGUCGUUGACCGGGCUGAACAUCUCGAUUUCCCCGGAUCAGUCUUGGAGUUCCUCGAGGGCCUCAUGGGUCAACCUUAUGGUGGAUUCCCUGAGCCUUUACGUUCCAGGGCUUUGCGCAACCGCCGCAAGCUUGACAAGCGCCCUGGUCUGUACCUUGAGCCUCUUGACCUUGUUAAGAUCAAGAACGAGAUCAAGGAGAAGUUCGGUACUGCCACCGAGACUGAUGUUGCUAGUUACGCCAUGUACCCCAAGGUCUUCGAAGCCUACCGCAAGUUCAUUCAGAAGUAUGGUGACUUGUCAGUUCUGCCAACACGAUACUUCCUUGCCAGGCCUGAAAUUGGCGAAGAGUUCCACGUUGAGCUCGAGCAGGGUAAGGUGCUUAUCUUGAAGUUGCUCGCCAUCGGACCCCUUUCCGAGCAGACUGGCCAGCGUGAGGUCUUUUACGAGAUGAACGGUGAAGUUCGUCAAGUCACUGUUGACGACAACAAGGCAGCUGUUGAUAACACAGCCCGUGUCAAGGCUGACCCUAACGACAGCAGCCAAGUUGGAGCUCCAAUGAGCGGUGUUGUUGUUGAACUUCGUGUCCACGACGGUUCGGAAGUCAAGAAGGGCGAUCCUAUUGCUGUUCUCAGCGCUAUGAAGAUGGAAAUGGUUAUCUCUGCGCCUCACCACGGCAAGGUCGCAGGCCUUGCAGUCAAGGAGGGCGAUUCCGUCGAUGGCCAGGAUCUUGUGUGCAAGAUUUCCAAGUAA